AUGUCAACGCAGGGAGUUGGGCGUAAUGGCCCGCGUUCGAAAACGGGUGGGACAUCUAUCAGCUUCCCUCCAACACUCGGCCCAACUAAUGCAAUUCACUUCCCUGUAGGCUGUAGUACUUGCCGCCGUCGGAAGGUUAAGUGUGGCGAAGAAAAGCCCACUUGUGCCCGCUGUGCAUCUUUGCGCCUCAAUUGCGAAUGGGGUGUCCCGGUGAAGCACGGACGAAGCACUCUAGUCCGGCACCUACAACCUGCACCGAGAGCUCCUGAACAGACCCCUUGGCCAAUGCCCGAGGCCGGACCUCCAAUCGAUUCCCAUUCCGAUGAUCUUCUCACGUUUCUGUCACCAGUCUCAUGGGCGGAAGACAUUCUUCCUUUUGACACCUCCCACUCAGCCCCAACGUUGUCCCCCUUAUACCCUUCAUUGAACUUCAAUACCGCGUGCGGUAAUUCAUUGACGCUCAGCUCUCUUGAUCGCCAAUACUUCCAGUACUUUCCAUCUUCAUCACUUGUCUUUUACUAUAUGAAAGGCUGGAGAUGGACCUCCAAUCUUGCGGGCAAGACAUGCGGUUACUAUCCUCUGCCCGGUACUUCAGGAGUGCACUCAGCUAAUCAGAUACGCGGAACGGAUAGCUAUCUCUACCAAGGCCCAGCUGCAUCGAAUAGGAUCAUCAUGCGGAUGCUAUUGGCGCUCGCUGCCUGCGAUAUGCAUCGCAAUGGGUUGGCUGUAGGCUCUCAAGAUCACGGACGGUACCACUACAGUCAAGCGGUCAAAGAAUUCAGGCAACUCCUUGAAACGCCGCGCCAGGUCUCAUUGCAUGAUAUAGAGAUGGUCUUUGCCACUGUAUUCUUAAUGAUAGCUUGGGAAUGGCAGUUCGGACACUCCAUGCGCCAUCUUCAGCUUCAUCUUCAGGGGGUACGAUCACUCUUAGAAUCACACCCACAACUGUUUCGCAUCAAGGAUGUAACCGAUAUACUGUUAUCCCCUGAAACCAACAACCCGUCGAAUGGGACUGAGAGCAUGGCUAAGGUCUCCUUCAUUCCCGAGCAGUUCUUACUGUGGCCGGACCAUCUUCAUCGGUGUGCUCGUUUAUGGGGACGAUGUUUCUGGGGCGGGCGCUAUCCCGACGAAGAAGUACUGGAUGAUAUCGAAAAUUAUAGAGCCCUAGAGCUUUUGCAUGCAGGAUAUUCUCUACGCCAUCGAACCUGGAAAGCUCUAAUAGAGUCUGCGACUGGCACUGCUGAUUCCGCAGAAGCCCUCUUCAGUGAAAUUCUUGCGAUCCGAGAUAAAUUUGCCGACCUCUUCAUCACCGCGAAGUUUGCCGGUAGUGUCUCCAACCGACGGACGGUCAAUACAAUAUACCUGGCAGUUUCCACUUUCUAUGGCCAAGUCCUACUUCAUCGUCGGCUUCUCUGUGUCAAUGAUUUACCAGCAGGCAUCCACCAACAAGCUACAACCGGAAUUAUUGACAUCUCUCAGAAGCAAUUCAUGACUGAUCCGAAGCACCUUUUUCGACUACACUGGCCUCUAUUGAUGGCAAUUAUUGAGACCAGCGAUGCAUUGCACCAACAAUGGCUCCGAGACCGUCUGUGGGAACUACGCGACUUCCACUCCGAAUUUUGUUGGGCAUAUGAGGUAGCAGAGCAGAUCUUAGCCCAACAAGAUCUGAGCCGGGGACGGUACGUCAAUCUGGCCAACGUGUUGCUAGAUCGAUUCCAUGCGCAGUAA